AUGCGGGUGACACAAUCGCUGCUCGGCAAGAGCUUCUUGACGCGUAGUCUCGACGAACUGAAGCGUCGGUCUAGCAUAGCAUGGAAUCUCGAAGCCGUGAAGGGGCCCAACGGUCCACGCCCUCUCUACGAAUUCAACGAUAGCGAAUGCGUACGCGACUGCAUCCUCAUGUCCGACGACCUUAUCGGCGGCUCCUCCAAAUCACACCUCGAUCACAUAAACUCACCUCCCACCACAACCGCCUCCUCUACCAGCACCUCGUCACCACCAUCAUCAUACGCCCGCUUUCAUGGCUCCAUAUCCACCGCCCUGCCCAGCGACCGGCUCAAGAUCAAGCGCACUGGCUAUGCCGCCUUCCGCACGCCCAAUCAGACGCCUACGCUCUUUGGAAAGUCUGUCUGGGAUAUCGACCCCUACAUCUACCUCGCGCUGCGCAUCAAGUCCGACGGCCGCUCGUACUUUGUCAACGUGCAAACCGAAGGCGUCGAGCCGACCGACCUCCACCAGCACCGUCUCUUCGCCAAGCGGCCCGGGCAGUGGGAGACGGUCCUGAUCAAGUGGAACGACUUUGUGCGCACCAACUACGGCUUCGUGGUGGAACCGCAGACGGAGAUUCUGCGGCAGCGUGUGGCGACGGUGGGCGUGGGACUGACGGACCGCGUCGAGGGGCCCUUUGAGCUUUGCAUUGAGCGAGUCUGGGCGACGAAUCAGCCACCCGAGGUCGACGACGCCGAGGUAGAGCAGAAUGGGGGGCUGAAGACCAAAAAGGGCACAAAGGCACUGGCGCGUGUCCUCAAGGAAACCAUUUAA